AUGAAUGACAUGUGGAGGGCUAACAUUUCUCUUGAAAGCAUUCUCGAGGAAACGAAAAGGGUAGUGAUUCUAUUGCUCAGAGGAAGCAUGAGUGUUGUUAUCCACAAAUUCCCACAUGGUAGUGGAACUAAGAUGCCAUCACCUGGUUAUCCAACAAGUUUUGAACUUCCAACUCCUAGACAUUCCAGAUUAAGAUUUCCUACUGUCCACCUUGCUGCUUGCCUUCACAAAUCUGCAUUUUCACUUGGAAAGAAGCUGUACUCGCAGUUGUGUUUCUUACACAUAGACCAACCUCCUUUAGUCAAUAAUAUUAAGAGGAUGGCCUGGUCUAUUAGAAGCAGUGCAGAUGGAAACCGAUUAAAUUCAACUCCUGCAGGUAACCCCAGCAGUGGGACCCGACUUAUUAGGGCCAUCCAAGCUAUUAGAAACAAAUCAAUUACAAGACUCAAGGAGUUGCAAAAAAAUCUGCCUGUGAAAUUACUAUUUUUCUUGGUGGGGUUUUAUUGUGCAACUGCCUUUGCCACUGUAAUAGGGCAAACAGGUGACUGGGAUGUUGUAUCUGCUGCUUUAGCCAUGGCUGUAGUGGAGGGGAUUGGUGCUCUCAUGUAUGGAGGCUCUUUUCCUUUAUCCAAUAAGAUGAGGGACCUAGUCACCAUGUUUAAUUAUUGGAAGGCUGGCAUCACACUUGGUCUUUUCCUGGAUUCCUUCAAGUACUAA